GAUUCCAACCUAACAUUAAAAAUGACCGAAACUGAAAUUUUCCAAAUUUUGUUGAAACGCGAAACCGAUAUAGAUUUCCCUAAACAACGAAGCGAAGCGAUUAAUGUAAUUGCUGAAAAAUUGACUGAUAUAAUUUACGAAUCUUAUCAAAACGGAUCUAAUAACAGUUCUACUAACAAUAGGAUCAAAACUCUAAAAUUCAUUAAUAAAAUUUGUCAAAUUCGACUGCACCAUUCUUAUGAAAAUUAUAUGAAAUGCUCGUUAAAGGAAAUCAAAAAAUCAUUUGAUACAGUGGAAAGCGAAGAUAUGAUAAACUUCAACAAAAAUAUAGCCGAUAAUUUAAAGAAGUAUAAGGACAAUGUGUUUUAUAAAAAUGUGGAUGAGUACUAUACGAGGAAGAUCGAGAAAGAAAAAGCGUACGCUAGGAAAAGAGGAAUGAUAGACGAAGAUAUGCGAGAGAAACUUGGAAAAAAGUAUCAUAUGCAAGUGAGGAAAAAAUAUUCAUUCGGAACGAACAAAAAACAUUUGAAAAAAUUAUUAGAAAGUGAAUCUUGUGAUAACCAAAAAAAUGAGGAAGACAUCUGUGAUAGCGACAAGAUCGUUAAAUUGGGUUAUACAAUGCUCAAUUUAGGGAAAAUGGAUAUUUUGGAAAGGAUAAUACAACAGAUUUCUUAUGUUGACAAGUUUAAUGAAUUGGAAAGCAAUUUUUUGCGAUAUAUUUGGAUGUCACAAAUAUGUUCAGUUGAUAUUUUUGUUGAAAAGAAUCUCGAUAUUUUUUAUUUUAUCAUAGAAGAAACUCUAUUGAAAUGCACAACUCAUUUGUUAGGUUUGGAACGAGAAGAAGAGAUCAGAAGAUAUUUGUCGGAGCUGGAAAAUGAAUGCAGCUUUAGAAGAAUUAAAAAAAUCUGCGGUGCUCAUUUGAAUUGUCGAUUGAAGCUUCAAACUCUAUUAUAUGAAUUAUAUUGUAUGAGUUUUUGUAACGCGAAUGUACUAAAACUUUGUGAAUUGAUUAAAUAAUUGUAUUGAAUCGUAAUAUGGUUUCCCUGACAACCCUCUGGUAGUUUGAUCAAUGAAAUCGCGGAUUUUUUAGACUAAAAAUGUUGGAUCUUGGAAAACGAAUCAGUGGGCCUUUUCUAACAAAGACUGAGUUAGAUAGACUCGAAAAGGGGGCAAAGGUUAUGACCGUCCGAGAUAAAAUGAGGAUGCUGGAAGAAGCCGAACGGCGAGAAAAUCAAAUCCGACAAGAGAGUUUGAACAGAAAGAGUCAAUUGUUGCAAGCCCGAAAAAUACGGCCCCUUAUACCCGGAAGCAAACUAGAGGAAGUAGAAACGGAAGCGGCGCAUAAAAAUCUGUGUUUAAUCAGAAGAUCGGAGGAAUUGAUGAUGGAACGAAAUGAUAAAGUUAAACAGGCCAACAGGAUAAUUUUGGCGACGAAAUGUCGAGCUAUUAGAAACGCGCAAACUAUCGAAAAAAAGUUGAUUGAGAAACAAAUGCGGGAAGAGAAUCAAAAAUUGGACGCGAUGAUGGAACGAGUUGUACGCGAAAAUAUUACGUUGGAAGAAAAUCGACGAACUGCUGCCGAAGUCGAAAAGAAAAAGUAUGUCAAAGAAAUUGAGAAGCAGGUGAGAGAAAACGAAAUGUAUCGAAUGUUGGAAGCCGCAAAAAUCGAAGAAGAGAGCAGGAUGAUGAACGAGGCUUUCGAGGCUCGGCGACGCGAAGAGGAAUCGAAAGUUAUGGAGAAAAAGAAUAUUCAAUCGAGGUUAAAAGAUGAAUUCGAACGAGCUAACGAAAGUUCAAGGCGUUACAAAUCUUUAAGAGAAGAACAAGAUCGAUUAUCCGACAUGAUGAUUGCGGAAUUUAUGAGGAUGAAGAAGGAUCGCGAAGAAGCCUUGCAAAAGGAAAAGGAUUUAGUCAAAUUGGCUAGAGAAAAAAACGUAGCGAAGCUUGCGGUGGAUCAAAUCAAAAGACGAAACAUGAAAGCUACAAUGGACGAAUUGAAUGCCGUUAGAGCGCAAGAAGAGAAAGAGAAGGAAUGGAGAGAAAAAGAGAGAAAGGAAGUGCUGAGAAGGCGGAAAGUUGUGGAAGAUUUGAAGGAAUCCAGAAACAAGCAAAUAGAGGAUAUAAGAAAGGCCCAAGCUGUCGCGUUAGCCAGAGAAGAAGAAUCUUUGAAUAAAGUUUUGAUGAUGCAAAAGAUGCUGCUAGAUUUGGAAUUGAAAAAAAUUGAACGGCGUAAAGAAGAAAGCGAAAAACACAAGGAAUUUAUUUUGAAGCAAAUCGAGGAGAAAGAAGCGUCGAGAAACAAAUAUCAACAAGAGAAAUACGAAAGUGGUAAAGCUCAGCUGCUAGAAUCGGCUAAAAACGACGAACAAGUGCGGGAUUAUUUGAAUUGUAAGAUUAAUAAAUUGAGGGAAAUCCACAUUCCGGAAAACUAUAUCAAGGAUAUAGAAAGGCAAAUUAAAUUGAUAAAAUGAAAGUUUUCUUACUAUUAAAACUUUUUCAACUAA